GAUAGCAAGAAUGACACUCUAUCCUUUACGCACUUAAUUUCUUCUAAGCUUCAUCAAGGAUCACUUGACAACUCUACAAGUUCGCUAGCCUUUUUCAAAUGACCUUUGCGCUGUGCCCCACAAAAAUCUUUGGAUACUGAAACCGAUUUUUCUGAUCUUGUUGGCCAUUCUCGAUUAGAAAAGCGUGUGUAGAAGCUCCUUCGUAUCAGCAAGCAAAAGCGUGCACAAAAGUUGUGUAAAAAGCGUCCUGGAGAUUUUACUUCGACGAAGAAAAAUCGUUCCAUGAUGGAGAAUGUAUUGACUUAUAUCUUAAAGAGACUUCACUGAUUUUUUCCAUAUGGAAGGAGCGCUGUAUUUGAGUUGCUCGCGGACUAUAUAUAAGGCAAACUAAAAAAUUUCUUUUUUUGUCAUAUUACAGGAAAAGCUUUACAAGCUUUUUUGUAGUUUUUUUUCAAGAAGCAUUUUUCAACAUCAAAAUACGAAUCCUAUAUUUCUAAACUUCUCACUGAUUGUGUUCAGAAUAUGCUAUUGCGGUGUGGUAAUAAUUUUUUUCUAUCAAGGAUUGCGACGAGAAUGAGGAUAAAUUUAUUCAUUAGACACAAUGGAAAAUAUUUAAACUAAUCAUAUGAGGAAAAGAUAAAAUUCUUUCUUCCGGUUCUUUCUAUCUACUAAACAGUUGAGUUUGGUCUACUUUUUGCACAGGCAUGUGUAUUCUUAAUGAAUUAAUAAUAAUAAUCCCAAUAAUUAUGUUUUUUUUUGUUUAUUCGUUUCAGCAAAGAAUUGAUGAUAUAAAAUCAACAUGACGAAAAUACUUAUCAUUCUAUUAUGAUUAUAAUAUCACCAUUUUGACUGAUGAUGGCUGUUAUUCACAUUAUUACCAAUAUCACACUAAAAUAAUGUAAAGUAAUUGGUGCAAUUUCGAUAUAGUUAAAAUUAAUACAUUUUUAAUGUAUUACUAUUCUAUUCCUUUUUCUCGAGGCUAUAGCUACACCGUUAAGAAAGAACAAGACAAGAAAUCCAAAUAUGCGCGGUGGCUUUAGAGGACGUGGCGGAGGUCGCGGAGGUGAUCGUGGAGGCCGUGGGGGUGGUCGAGGAGGAGGUCGCGGAGGGGAUCGUGGAGGCCGUGGAGGUUUUCGUGGAGGCGGUCGCGGGGGUAGUCGCGGGGGUGGUCGCGGUGGUCGUGACGCGGGUAGUAAAGUUGUCGUCACCCCUCAUAUGCUUCACCCAGGCGUUUUUAUUUCCAAAGGGAAAGCUGACUCAAUUUGCACUCUGAAUAUGGUACCAGGAGUUUCUGUCUACGGUGAAAAACGCAUUGAGCUCGGAGCAUCCCAAGGUGAAGAGAAAAAAGAGUAUCGCCUGUGGAACCCGUACCGCUCAAAAUUGGCUUCUGCUAUAUACGCUGGCGUUAGUUCCAUUCACAUGGGCCCAGGCUCCAAAGUGCUGUACCUCGGAGGCGCUAGUGGGACAACCGUUAGCCACGUAAGUGAUCUGAUUGGACCGGAGGGAAUGGUAUACGCUGUUGAAUUUUCUCACCGUGUUGGCCGCGAUCUUGUCGAGAUGUCCAAACGUCGUGCGAACAUUGUUCCCAUUAUUGAAGAUGCUCGCUACCCAAUGAAAUAUCGGAUGUUGGUACCGAUGGUCGAUUGCAUCUUCAUGGAUGUGGCACAACCGGAUCAGGCGCGCAUUCUAGCUCUUAAUGCUCAGGCUUUCCUACGAAAUGGUGGACACUACGUUAUUUCUAUUAAAGCCAAUUGCAUUGACUCAACACUUGCUGCUCCUGUAGUUUUCGCUUCCGAGAUUAAUAAGAUGAAGAAGGAUAAGCUUAAACCAUUGGAGCAAGUCUCAUUGGAGCCUUUUGAGAGAGACCACGCUGUCGUUGUUGGUGUUUACCGCACAGUCAAGAAGUCAGCGUCUAGCUAGAGACACCUUCCUAUCGAUAUCAUGAGUCUCACUUCUAGUGGAGUCAAUGUGAUUCAAAUAAUAAUUGAUAAUGAAUGACACUAAACCUAUAAGAUAACUAAUCUUUUGAAAUUAAGGCAGUAGUAUUAUAAUCGAAGCCUUUUCAUUUAAA